CCACCCCCGCCCUUACCACCCCCACCCGCCCACUUCCAUUCACAGGACCAGCAGGCGGGCGGGCGGAGCGGCCACAGCACCUCCACCACAAAUUAAUGAUGGUUUCUCACUGAAGACGAACCGCCAGGUCCGGAGUAGAGCUGGCAUCCGCCAACCGUUUCUUUUUUUUUUUACACUGGACACAAACUGCGACGCCAACCCCCCCCCCCCACCCUUCCAACAUAUAGCCACCCCCCCUCCUCUCGGGGACGGAUUUAUUUGACCGUCUUCGUCGAGCACCGCUCCUCCUGCGCCUUCCGGCCGCCGCCGACUUCCUUCUGUCUUCUUCGCCGUCACCCUCAUCUUCAUCAUCAUCAUCAGCAGCAGCAGCCUCGCUUUGCCGCAGGAACCCGGGAGAGCGGACCGCGCGCUCCGGCACCUGGACACGUCUCACCCGGCCGCGUUCGGAAGAUUACGGGAAACCUGCCCCCCCCACCCCCCCUCACCACACCCACCACCCCGCGUGCGUGCGUGCGUUCUGGGGGUUUCUGUCGCCGCCUGUAUAAUGCCGACACAUCUGCGGCUCCGGAGAAGGUCAUUCCUCGGGCUCCUGUUCCUCUUCUCCCUGUCAACCUCCGCGCUGUACUUCAUCUACUCCGCCCCAGGAAUCGUGAACGAGUAUGUGUUCAUGGUCCAGGCUCGAGGGAUCCAGAUCCGAGAGAACGUGAAGAACAUUGGGGCUCAGGUUCUCGAGCAGGUGGUGCGAGGAGCUUACAGCGCCAACGGCACAGAUUAUGCCUACGAGUUCAAUGUGAGCGAGAGCGAUGCUCCUCCCACCACGUACCUGCCCGAGGGCUUCACCUACCUCUCCUCUCAGGUGUGCCCUGAACGCCUGCUCUCCAUGAAGGGCAGGUUGGAGGUGAACAUGAGUGAGGUGUCUUUGGAGGAGGUGGAGCGAUCCUUGCUGGAGGGGGAGCCCAACAAGACUCCAGGAGGCCACUGGAAGCCCAAAGACUGUCUACCUCGAUGGAAGGUGGCGAUCCUGGUCCCGUUCAGGAACCGACACGAACACCUGCCCAUCCUCCUGAGGCACCUGGUGCCGGUGCUGAAGAGACAGAGACUCCAGUUUGCCUUUUAUUUCAUAGAGCAGGGGGGCACGGAGCCAUUCAACCGCGCCAUGUUGUUCAACGUGGGCUUCAAGGAGGCUAUGAAGGACCUGGACUGGGACUGCCUGGUCUUCCACGACGUGGACCACCUCAUGGAGAACGACAGGAACUACUACGGCUGCUCGGAGAUGCCCCGCCACUUUGCGGUCCAACUCGACAAGUACUCCUACAUGCUUCCGUAUAAUGAGUUCUUCGGGGGUGUCAGCGGUCUCACGGUGAAGCAGUUCGAAAAGAUUAAUGGAUUUCCAAACGCAUUCUGGGGCUGGGGAGGAGAGGACGAUGACCUGUGGAACAGGGUGCAGUUCGCCAACUACUCCGUAAGUAGACCGCCCGGAGAGCAGGGCCGAUACAUGUCCAUCCCGCACCACCACCGCGGGGAGGUCCAGUUCCUGGGGAGGUACGGCCUCCUGCGCCACUCGAAGGAGCGACAGCGAGUGGACGGCCUCACCAACCUGAACUACUCCCCCCUGGUGUCCAGGAGGCCUCUCUACACCAACAUCACGGUGCGCCUCAACAGGGAGCUGGCGCCCGUGCCUGACUACUGACGCCGGGACGCCCGGACUGCACCCCCGCCCCCCUUGCGUGCCCCCUCACCCCCAAUCCCACCCCGGGGCCCAGAGGCCUCCGGGACCUCAGCCAUAUCUCACCGGCUGCAGCACCGCUGAGGACUUUUUAAGUUGAUCGAUUCUUCGUCUCUUUUGUUUUUGUAUUAAAAAAAAAAAGAGACUGAAAGAAGUGUGUCGGAAGAACCGUAGACUAGAAGGAUAAACGCUGCACGCGCUUAUGCCACACACCCCGCUCCCUUACCCCCCCCCCCCCUCCACACACCCUGCUCCCAGCCCCCCCACACACCCCGCUCCCUGCCCCCCCAGGCCCGUCUAGUCUCCACAUGCCUUUUGCACCAUUUUGGCCUUCAGCAUCCAUUCCACUUGUUAUCCAGUCAAAGCUCACCCCCAUGCUCAAUGUGCUCCUUACUCCAACUAGGCCACAACACGUGCACAUGCACACACAUACACACACAUUUGACUCACAUGUGCUGACCUGGUCCCUGAAGCCUUGUUUUUUUUUUAGUUUUCUUCUUGCAGCAUUUUUUUUUCUUCAUAAAUGCAGUAGAAUAAAAGUGCACGGGAGAACAUUUGCCCACAGACACACACACACGCACAAAGACACACACACCAUGCCACUCUCAGCCGAGCGGACUCUCGCAGCUGGUCCUGCUGGAGUUUUUCUAAAAUCCACACGCAAAAACAAGCAGGAGGAAGAAAAGAAGAUAACUGCUGGAUGUGCGUGUGCUGACAGAAGGUACCAAACCCCCCCCCCCCCCUCCUGGCCACGCUGCGUCCCAUCAGCGACCCCCCCCCCCCCUCUUCGCAGCAUCCCAUGAGCCCCCCUCCUCCUCGCCACGUCCCGUGAGCCCCCCCCCCUUCAUCACGCUGCGUCCCAUGAGCGCCCCCCUCAACGCCUGUUAGCAAUAAGCGGGAACCUUGGACGGCAGAACUUUAGAGACUUGACAGCAGGUGCUGGCUCGCCCUCAUUGGACCACAGAAGGAGGAGGAGCCUCAGCGUAUGCAAACGUCACAAACCAAGCAGCUUUGCCUACGCAGCGCCCUCUUCAGUGCGUCUGUGUGCAAAUGGCUGAUGUCAGAGCGAGGUCACCGCCGUGACCUCUGGGAGGCUUCAGAUCCGCAUGCAGGUCCCGACUAAUAGAUCCCACGUCCUCAACGUAUGAAAUCACCUUGUUUUGUACACUUGACUGCUGUCAGUUGUGUUUACAGACGCUUUUGCUUUGUUGUUGUUGUUGUUUUUCCCCCAGAGGGUCUGGUGUUUGUAACCGUGUCAGCCGCGAGUCUCAUCUAACGUUGCCUUUGUUUUAUUUUUAAACUGACAAGCGUCUUCAUCUCUUCAAAGAAUAGAUGAGCCACUGAUCUAUAUAUAUAUAUAUAUAUAUAUAUAUAUAUAUAUAUAUAUAUAUAUAUAUAUAUAUAUAUAAAAAGCUCCAUGUCGAUGCCAGUGGACUGACCCUUGAACGCCCCCCCCUUUCCAUCUGUGUGUUGAUUUUCAUUUUUUUUUUUACAGAAAACAAGCACUGUCCUGUAGUCACUACAGCUACUUCCAUUUCACUCAUCGCCUUGUAUGCGUUUGUGAAGAAGCGUCUUCUGGAGGAAAUGAAACUGGAAGUAAAGAGGCUGGACCUCGCUUUAUUUAUUCAAUCUUUUAACGGAUUAUUUUGCUGAUUUUACCUCGUUUAGCGAUGGACUGUCUUAGAUGCACUGAAACUUGUAGUUGUGUGUAUUUUAAAGUGGGCGUAUGUGAGGUUUGGGUCUGUGUAAUAUGGGGGGGUGGGGGGGUUCUCUGCGUGUGUCGACCUGCCAACACAGAUGACGUUGGAGGCAACCUUUUUGUGUGACGACCACAGGGAGGUCGAGACGGAGUCAGAGACCUGCCAUCGGUCGACGCCCCCCCCCCCCCCCCCCCCCCCCCCCCCCCCUCCAAUUCUAAUUGAUAAUCUACGGUGCUGACCUCUCCAGAGCCUCGCUGCGUGCCGACAGGAGCUGGUUGAUCAUGAAAAGACAACCGCCCACGCCGGUGUGUGUACUUCCUGCUCCCCGGGUUGACUUCUCUUUUUGAGUUCUCUUUUGUGUUUGAGUGAAAUGUCAAAAAAUGCUUCUCCAUCUACAUUGUGAGUUGUUGUCUUUUUGUCUCGAUAGAAGUCACAUGACAAAAACUUCACGUGUUUUUUGUUUUUCAUUUUGAAUCCAACAAACUAGAUGGACGUGUAGCAUAAGAAACCAAACGGUUUGUUUUUGUAAGCGAGGUGAAGACCCUGACCUCUGACCUCUGACCCUGGAGUCAGUAUUGGGCUCUGUGGCUUCCUGCCUGACGGACAGUCACAUGUCUCCCUCCCGCGCUUUAAAGGUGACAACAGGAAGCGUGUCAUGUUUGUCAGAGCCUGCUGCCCCCCCCCCCCCCCCCCCAUCCGAUCCGUUCUGUACCAGUUUAGAUGAAGGGACCUUUCUUUGGGGACCUGACAAAACUGGCAGCCUUAAAGCUUCUUAAUUUAUUGAGUUUUCCACGGGAGUUUCUUUUUUUCUUUUUUUACAAAGCAAAGACUUUCAAUUGCAAAUAAAAUAAAGUGCGUAUCAAUAAACCGAUCAUUGUAAAUAUUAUUGUGUGUAGGGUUUUAGACAUUCAGUAAAGGUCUUAAAUCACUAUGGAUGCGUGAAGGAGGUUCAUCGCUAGUGAAGCUAACGCAAAUACAUCACUGUUUUUACACCCCCCCCACGAUGGCUCUUUUGUAAAAUGUAAAAAAUAUAUAUUACCCCCUCCGUCCACGAAGUGUAGAUUCCGCGUCAUUUCCGGGGGGGGGGUAAAACACCCCAUCUGCUUACACGCAAUGAAACAUGACCGCUGCCCCCCCCC